AUGGGCUUAUUCAUUUCUAAUAAUUUCCUCUUAUCUGAAUCUAGAAUUGACAACAUUGCAGAGAGUAUCCCGACCUCUCACAAUGCCAUUCGCCCCCGUGAUUUGCGGUCGUCCAACAAGAAAGGUCUGGUGUCGUUCUCUCGAAAUUCUGCAGCUCGCCCUUCCCUUGGUGCUAACAGCUAUGCUUGGGUGGAAGCUGUGGAAAGGCUAGAGUCAAGUCCUGCUACAGAUUUGCCGUCACCGACCACUUGGCCGAGAAGAAAAAAGGCAACUUUGGUUGAUAUUAGUGAUUUGAUGGCGGAAUAUGACAAGAAUUUGGUCCAUAAAGCUAGAAUAGUUUCCUACGAUGGUCCUUUGGAUCUUGAACAGACGAAAUGUCGUUUUCAAGCCAUUUUUGACAAAGUCAUAAAAAGGUACUGGGGAUUGCGCAUAAUGCGAGCAGAUCCGUCUUUACAAAACCAAAUUGGCUUUCGGCCCAAUGAAGUGAUUGUGAGGAUUAAUGGGGAAGAGUUUCUCGAUGAGUCCAAGGACAAGAUUUUAUCAAUACUUGUCAAUGAAUUUGCGAAAUCUCAGAUUAUCAAAAUCGCUUUGUUGACCCAGGAGGACUUUUCACUUCUUGUACCUGGCGCUAGUCUCCUUCCUCCUAAUGGAGAAACUCCAACCCCUCACAGUCAUUCAAGUUGCUCGAAUUUGUCACCGAUCUCCUACAUUAAGAAUCUGAAUGCUUUCAACACCCGUUCUAUCGGACAGAGGAUCACAGUUGAUCUUCAUAAGCUUGCAGAAGGAGGAUUUGGAAUCUCAUUUGCUACUAGAGACACUUUGCUUAACACGGAUGAAAUGCAACCCGUUUUUAUAGAAAGGAUAAUGCCAAUGGGUGCUGCAAUUCACGACGGACGUCUUCAGUAUGCUUUCAUUCUGUGGCAGUUUGGUGACCGGCUCCUUUCAAUCGAUGGCGUGCAAGUUAUCAACUUUAAGGACGCUAUGGCAACGCUUAGAUCAGUCGCUGUUGGGGAAAAGGCGACUCUGGUUUUCUCUCGUCAGGAUUCUGUAGUCGUUACCACUCCAUCGACUUCACCCAACUUCAUUGAUCCCGCCACGGACCGAUCUUCCACAUGCGCUUUCAACACCACGCCUGAUCUUGUCUUUGAGUCCCCCCUGUGUCAAACAAUAGACUUUGAGGUCCCGGUCCCCCAUCGUGAUUCUGCAACUUCAAGUUUGGGAAUCCGAUUUGAAGAGUGGUCCGAGCCUCGAAUAAUUCACGCCUACUCUGAACUAAAAGGAUCCGAAGUUGUCGUUGAUCAUAUGGUCGGGGAUACAGACAAUCUGGAAGAUAAUCUUUCCGGUUUCUUCGUCAAGCAAAUAUCGACUGGUAGCCCUGCAAGCAAAGAUUUAACCUCAGGGAGUAUUAGACCAGGUGAUCGGCUAUCUGCCGUCAAUGGUCAUAGUGUAAUUGGUCUUUCGCUUACAGAAAUUUCUGACAAACUCAAAACGGCCAUUGAAAAAGCUCAAUGCAAAAUGAUGGGGAAGGGUAAACAAGUUUUUCUAAAGUUAACUGUGAAUCGCUUCUUCCACCGCAGCGAUCAGCAGAUUUCAUGUCCAAAGACUAAGUCAAUUUUGAGGCCAGGAUCAGACGCGGUUCUUUACAAAUUAACGGUCCAAAAUAACAGCCCCAAUCGAGAGACCCCGAUAAAAAAAGUAAACUUGGUAACCACAACGGCGAAAAAAGAUUCGCUCGAAAUUCCACUACGACGGCUGGCGCGGACCCCUUCAGUGGACUCGCGUGGCCGUUCGAGGCGAGAGCGCGGAAGCCGUUCACCAUCGGAUUCUCCCGUACGCUGCCAGUCGGCCUUCACUCGCGAUGGCGUAGGACGUCGUAGCGUCUCCGAGAAACGUCAUGCUCAUAUAAGUGCUGCCAAUUCGCACUAUAAUGACGACAUUCUGCCCUUCUGCAGCAAAGGUGACGAGCAGGGUAUGCAUCCGUAA